AUGGAUCGCGAUGAAAUACACCACAAGAUGAGCAAGAAGGUUGCCCAGCUCACGAAGGUGAUUUUCCAUUUGAACACGAGAAACGACGAGGCUGAUCAGCAUCUCGCGGCUGUGUCCCAGGCGUAUGAGACAGAGGUGGAGCAGAUUCUGAGAGAUGCCAACUCGAAGGUUCGCCGUUUGGCCGAGGCAGUUGAGUCAGGCCAUGGAAGCAAAGCUGCAAAAGAGCUGGAGGCUCUCAGGUCGAGCCACGAGGAGGAGAAGCGUGAAGCGCUGAAAGAGAUGCAGAACGUCAAGUCUGCAGCAUCUGCCAGGGAGAGCAAGAACACAGCAAUGUGGAAAGAACGACUCAGCAACAUGAAUGCAGAGGUUCAAGCGGUCAAGCAACAAUGCCAAGUGCAGGCUUCACAGUUCAAAGCAGCUUUGGAUAGAGUCCAGGAUGGGCAAGGUGCCGAGCUUGCCGACCUUCGAUCGCGUCAUGAAACGGAACUACUCCGAAUUCGUGCUGAGCACGAGGCCGAAGUUCGCAGGAUGGCGGAAGCUUCCGAAGCCUCUGCAGCCCUAGAGGCAGAGCUGCAAAGGUGCAUCGACCAGCAGAAGGCCGACUUCACCAGGGAGCUUCACGUGGAGCGCUCACGGUGCCAGGAGCUUCAGUCGCAGCUCGACAGUGCCAAGCAAAGCUUGGAGGACUGUCUAGCUUCCGGAGAUGAAGCUCUGAAGGCCGCGCUUUUGGAGAAGAGCCAGCUCAGUGAGCGGUUGAGAGCCGCAGAAGAUGACAUGGCCACUCUGCGGGAAGCCGUCAGUGCAGGCAACUUGGCCUUGCAGAGCCGAGACAAGGACAUAGAGAGCUUGAAGGCAUCCGUGGUACAGUUUGAGCAGACUGUCAAAGUACUCCAGGAGGAAAGAGAUGUCCUCAAGAGAAACCUCGUGGAUUCACAGGAGGAGCUUGCAAGACUCCAAAAAAAGCAUGAGGAUCUGCUCGACAAGUCGCACCGAGAUCAGGGACGACUAGAGGCGAGUGCUGAAGCAGAGCGGCAGCGCUGGGAGGAGGAACUUAAGGCCGCGAAGGAGCACGAAGCAUCGCUCAAGGCUGAACUCGCCUCCCGAAAAGCGGCCGAGGCAGAGUUGGGCCUCGAGUUGGCGAGGGAAAGGGAAGAGGUGUCUAAGGCGCAGGGUGAGUUGAAGAAGCAGGCGGAGGAGCUUGCACGCGUAGAGAAGGCCCUGGCUGACGCAGAGGCUCGCCGAGAGGAGCUGGCACGCGAGGGUGGCUCCGAGGUCCAUCGCCUGCAGGCCGAGCUCGAGGAGCACAAAACAUUGCUUCUGGAGUGGCAAAGCAAAUUCUCGGAGCGAGAAAAAGAUUUCAACAACCAGCUCGAGAAGGCGCACGAAGCCGCAAGCCGUGAGUUGGAAGCCACCAGAGAGGCGCACGCUGAGGCGGUGUAUGCAUUGGAGAGGACACACGAACGUGACCUCUCCGAGAUGCAGGAAGCCAGCGCGGCAGAAGUGGCAUCUCUCCGAGCUGAACUCGAAGCAGAGGCGGACCGCCUUCGCCGCGAGCUCCGAGAGUUGCAGGGAUCGGAUCAAAGCGGCCGGCGUCUGCUGGAGGCGAAGGAGGCGGAGCUGACUGAAGUUCAGGCCAAGCUCAAGGACUUGGAGUCGAAGCUGGAAGAAGCUCGAAGUGAAACCGAAGAGGAGCGCCGCCUGAAGCGUAUUCUGGAAGAGCAGGCUGCAGUCGCAAACUCCGAGUUGCAAGCUCUUCAAGGUGAUAUCGAGAAAAAGCAGGCUUUGCAUGUGGCAGAGAUAGAGCGACUGCAAAGCGAGGCUAAAAAGGAAGCCGCACUGCUGGCCGAGAAGCAGCAAAGAGAGAUGCAGAGCCUGCGCGAGGAAAUGAUGAAAGCUCUUGAAAGCCGUGGUCGCGAAGGGCUCGCAGAGGUCCACAGACUCCAAGACGAACUUAGGCACCUUCAAGACGCGCAUGAGUCUGAGACAAGGAGACUCAAGCAGAAAAUCGAAGAGCUUGAGGAGGCGCUUCAGGCCGCGACGCGAGAUGGGCAGGCAGAGGUGCAGCGGAUAAUUGCCUCAUCUCGGUUGGAGCUUGAGAAGGUCAAGACCGAAGGUGUGGAGAUGGUCCAACGUCUAAAUGUCGAGCACGAGGCCAAGCUUGAAGAGGUGUUCAAAGCACAGUCUGAAGCACUGGACCAGUUGCAGCAGAAGUUGGGAAAGUCACAUCAGGAGCGGGUGGAUGAAAUGCGUCAGAAGCAUCUCCGAGAAACAGAAAACCUCAAGACUGCGCAUGCUGCCGAAGUGCGUGAAGCUGCAGCCACGCACAAUGCCGCUAUGAAGGAGGUUCGUGCUGAGAUGGCCAAAGCUGUGCAAGAGGUGGAAGCAUCUGCCAAAGUGGCAGCUGCAAGGCAUGCUGAAGCGAUGCAAGCCAUCAGCACAGAAUUGGCUUCCGAAAGGGAGCAGCUCACGACGACUCGCACACAGGUGACGAAGUUGAGCGGGGAAUUGGAAACUUCUAGAGCAGCAAUGAAGCAACUGGAGGAGCAGUUCAGGGCGGCUGCAGCGAAGCACGACGAGAUGAUGAAGUAUCAGCGCGAGGAGUUCGAGCGCGAGAAGCGUAACAUCAAAGAACAACACAAGAGAGGAGUCGAGCAGCUCCUAGAGGCCCACCUGAAGGAGACGGUCGAAUUGAAGCAGCAGUUCGACAGGGCCCGACAGCUGCAGGAGAUGCAAAUAGACAUGCUGCAAAAGAGGAUUGUGGAGCUGCAGGAGCUGUAUGAGUCGAGACCUUCCCGCGAAGAGGACUUGGAGCUUAUCGCCAAUCUGGAGAAGGAUUUGGAUGAGAAAUCUGCGCAGGUGAAGAAGCUCCUUGACGACAUGCAGUUCUACAAGCUGGAGCUCGUGAACCGAGAGCAGAACUACAACAAGGUUUUCGGAGCGGCACCGACAGUCGGCAUCAUGAACCCGAUUGCGGCAAAGAAGCCUGCCAAUGGUGGACAACCACAAAUGCGUGUUGUCCAGCAGCCUGGAUCAGGAAUGGCUGGAAUGAAUGUGGGCUUGCCUCCGCUGGGGAUGACUCCUGCCCCGACCCGAAGCAGCAGCAACAAGCCCAGCAACAUCCAGAAGAGGCCUUCGAGCGGGAGCAUGCGACGCGCAGGGUCCAUGGAGUAG